AUGGAUGAUAUAUCCAAUCACCGAAGGUGGAUGUAUAAUCGAUUAAUGCCAGGGAGGGGGUUACAUGAAGCAUUUAUUGAUGGUGUUGAUGAGUUUGUGAACUUUGCAACUGCACAGUCCGAGUAUCAAAAUAAUGAGGUGAUUAGAUGUCCUUGUAAAAAAUGUAGAAAUCUAUAUCAUUUAAAGCCAGAGGAUGUUAAGGUUCAUCUAUACAAAAAAGGAUUUGAACCUAACUAUUGGGUUUGGAUAUGCCACGGAGAAGAACUACCUCAACAAAGUGGUGAAGCAACGAUUAAUGAUUCUAGGGGAAAUGCACAAGAUGCAGAAUUGAAUCAAUAUGAGUCAAUGUUGUGUGAUAUUGCUGGUCCAAGUUUCAACCCAAAUAUUGAUGAAGUUGAAGGUGACAUCCCACAUGAGUCUUCAAAGAAAUUCUAUGACUUAUUAGAGUCAGCUAGACAACCACUGUGGUCCGGAAGCAAUGAAGAAACUGAGUUAUCAUACACCUUGAAGAUAAUGGACAUCAAAUCCACAUUUAACAUACCACAACUAGCAAUGGAUGCAAUAUUACAACUACAUAAUCGGGCAUUUGGUCCUAAUCGUGUGCCUUUAACCUAUUAUCAAUCACAAAAAAUGAUUGGUAAAUUAGGUUUGGGAUAUGACAAGAUAGAUUGUUGUGUGAAUGGGUGUAUGUUAUACUACAAGGAUGAUGUGGAACUAGUUUCAUGUAAAGUUUGUGGAGAAGCAAGAUAUAAGACUGAUAGGCAUACCAGAUCUCAUCUCAAAAAGGUUUCACGAAAAAAAAUGCACUACUUGCCCCUCAUUCCUAGGUUGCAAAGGUUGUAUGCAUCGCCUAACUCCGCAAAACACAUGCGUUGGCACUUUGAAAAUCGCCGUGAGCCAAAUGUUAUGUGUCAUCCAUCAGAUGGUGAGGCAUGGAAAAACUUUGAUACAAUUUACCCAGAAUUUGCUGCAGAACCUCGGAAUGUUAGGCUAGGAUUGUGUGCAGAUGGCUUUUCUCCAUUUGGUAUGAAUGCUAAAACAUAUUCAUGUUGGCCAGUCAUAGUUGUGCCCUAUAAUCUUCCUCCCUCAAUGUGUAUGACAAUGCCAUACAUGUUCUUAUCUUGUGUAAUCCCAGGAAAAAGCAAUCCUAAGGCAAAAAUUGAUGUGUACUUGCAACCACUCAUUGAUGAAUUGAAAUUAUUGUGGGAUACAGGUGUAGUGACUUAUGAUAUCUCAUUGAAACAAAAUUUUUUGAUGAAGGCUGCAUUAAUGUGGACCAUUAAUGACUUUCCCGCAUAUGGGAUGUUAUCGGGUUGGCAAACAGCAGGAAAACUAGCAUGCCCUUAUUGUAUGCAUAAUUCAAAAGCAUUUUACCUAAAGAAUUCUAGGAAAAAUUCUUGGUUUGAUUGCCACCGUCAAUUCUUGCAUCUCAACCAUCAGUUCAGAAGAAAUAGAGAAGGGUUUCUCAAAAAGAUGAUAGAAAAGAGUAGAAUUCCUCAAGUACAUACGGGUGAUGAGUUGUUUGAGCGAGUAUCUACCUUUCCAAAAAUUACAGAAGGUGUGAUUACUCGACAAAUUGGUUAUGGACACACACAUAACUGGACGAAGAAGAGUAUAUUUUGGGAUUUAGUAUAUUGGAAAGAUCAUUUGCUCCGGCACAAUCUUGAUGUUAUGCACAUUGAAAAAAAUGUUUUUGAUAAUGUGUUCCAUACUGUGAUGAAUGUUAAAGGCACAAAUAAGAAUAAAGAUAGUGUAAAGUCUCGAUUGGAUGUACAUGAGUAUUGUAACCGACCGCAAUUACAUUUAGUUGAGCAUAAUGGAAAAGUGUUUAAGCCGAAAGCUAAUUACACUUUGGAACGGGAUGAACAAAGAGUUGUGUGUGAGUGGGUGCAAAAUUUGAAGUUGCCAGAUGGGUUUGCAUCAAAUGUAGCAAACUGUGUAGAUCUUAAUGAAAACAAAUUGUGUGGUUUGAAAAGCCAUGACUGUCACAUCUUUAUGGAAUGUUUGAUGCCAAUUGCGUUUUCUUUGUUACCCCAUACAUGUUGGAAUGUUAUAGCAGAACUAAGCAUUUUCUUCCGUCAUCUUUGUUCUGCCACACUGUUUGUGAAUAAGUUCACUUACCGUAUGAAGCAAGAUUAG